AUGCAUUGCUUUCUUAAAGAAACUCAAACCUUGAAAAACUCAAACAUUCAUUACCUCAACCCAUUUUUCGUAAUAAUUUUUUUCACUUCCAGGUUAUGUACAUAUGUUUCCUCUAAUAAAAAUAUAAUUCAAGAAAUAUAUAAAAGUUUGGUAAUGUUUAACAAGGUGAAAAUAUUGAUAGUUGGUCCUAGUGAGAGUGGAAAGACUGUGUUGGCAAAUUUCUUGGCUGAUGCGACAGAAUCAGCAAGUGGGGAUUACCAUCCAACUCAAGGUGUUAGGAUAUUAGAAUUUGAAGUUGACAAUGUCAAUUUGGGAGGCAACCAUACUGUAAAUAUUGAAGUUGAAUUGUGGGAUUGCAGUGGUAAUCAGAGGUUUGAAAUAUGCUGGCCUGCCAUGCAGAAAGAUGUAAACGGGAUCAUAUUUGUAUAUAAUCCAGAUGUGAGCUCACAUGAGAAAGAACUUGAAAACUGGCAUCUUCAUUUUGUUAAAGGGAAAGGUAUACGCGAUAAACUGUACCACAUCUUUGCUCACCAAAAGCCUGCUACAAACCCUUCUGGAAGAACGAAGUUAGGUGGCAGUUUAGGCAGGAUACAUGUUACGAACACGAAUUUAGAAGAAGACCCCGAUGCUGUUCGUAGCAGUUUUAAAAGUUUUCUGACUCAGGUAAUUUCACAUGUCAACGAUAGACGCGACCAGGAGGAGUUGAGUAUCAUUGAAUAAAUUUUGUUUAGCAGCACUGCACGCCCGCAUUUAUGUUCGCAACUCGUAGAGUGGCUUGUAAAAAGAAGGGACAUUUUAUACAGCUUAAGGGAACUAUUUUUUGCGGUAUUAAAUAAGAUUUCGAGAUUUUGCAGUAAUUAAUUUUCGCGAUUGCAUUGCUUGGAUCGAAAAAAGAAACUGCGAAAGUCGUGGAAAUUUUUAACUAUCUCCAUCUAAAAUGAAUUUUUCGUUAUAAAUGACUAAGUAGCAUGCAUUAGCAUAUAAGUCUUCCCAAUUUGUAUCUAUAAAAAAUAAUUCGAUAGACUUUUUUAUUUCGAAUUAUCUGCCCUGACUCUCAUAAGGUCGAGUGUAAAUAGGGAUUUGUAGGUUGCAGCGAUUAUAUUCUUUCUUUAAACGUCUGCCUUUAAAAUAAACUAGUCGUUAACACCUAGAAAAAUCUACGGGGUAGCCCGCCUGUAAAUUACACGCUAUUUAUAAUAAACGCUGCUCAUAGAGAAAUAACGUCAUUUUUUGCUAGAAAAAUUUCGCCUUCUAUUGCGACGUUCUAGAAAGUUCACCCAGAAAAAACUGUGUUUUCAUUACCCUGGUGAACAAAAAAUUUGGGACAAACGUGACGAAAUAUUUCCUAGAGCACGAUAAUAUAGUGUUUUUUAUUGUCUAUUUACAAAAGUGAGAAAAAAUCAACGUAAACAGGAAUUUUAUAAGAAUUAUAUCCAAUAUUUUUUGUGUCGUAACGCAACCUUAUGAAUCCUAAAACGUCCUACUGUACUGCUAAGGGCGCCUUUUCCUACUGUUUUCGAUACCGGUCAGUUUUGAACAAACGCCACAUAAAUAUAACACAAUUUGCCGCAAAAAUUACUGCAGCGUUUAAAGGAAAUAAAUAUUGCCGCAUCCCGUGUUUAUGAUUUUAAAGAUUUUUUUUAAAGUAUUUAUUGUUUGUAAAAAGUAAUAUAAUAUGAUGUUAGAAGUACUAUUGUUAAUCAUGUAGUAAAAAAUGAAUGAAAAAUUUAA